UGUCCCUUCUCAAGGUUUCCGAAGUUCUCCGAGUUUACAAACAAAACUCCUGAAAACAUCUCUGAAAUGGAGCGUGUCGGAAAACAAGGCGAUUUCAUUUUGGUGUCACGCCUGAAAACAGGGCAUGCAAAAGUGAAGGCCAGAAUUCAAGACUCCAUGUAUCAAGGUCUGGAUGCAGUUGAGGUGGAAAUACAGAUUUUAGAGCACAUCUUGCUGAGCCCUGCGCAUAACAUCUACCUGAUGGUUGGAACAUCAAUCCGAUACCAAGUCCUGAAGGGCUUGACAACCGAGCUUUCAAUGCCAUGUGAUGAAUAUGAACUGCACCUUGAGAACAGCGUGGUCAACACAAAUGGGAAUCCAGAUGUUGCUGUCGCACGUCUGGAUCAAAGAACCUCCACAGUGACAGCCAUUCAACUGGGACACAUCAAUGUUGUGCUCUACCAGAAAAGUCUUCGGAUGCAAGAUGUGUUUCAUCUUACCGACAGCACUUUGUUUGUGGUGCAACCGGCCUCCUUAGGCUUUAAAAUUCAUCCUGGAAGCAAUUGGGUUCUGGAAAUGGGUCGAGACUAUGAUAUCCUGAUUGAAGUACUCGAUAAAUCUGGCAACAAGCUCUACUUGUCUGAUAUAAGUAAAGCUCAGUCAAAGAGCACCCGUCGAUGA